UUCUUGACCAAUUAGCACCAAACUUGACACAGUUUAAUGUAGUUUUGUAUUGUCUGUUACUUAUUACUCUAUUUAGUUCAGACUAUUACUUAGUACUGCAUUUAGCACAAUGUUGGUUAGUACCAUGUUUAGUACAGUAUUUUGUCUUUAUCUCUUAUUGUUCUGUUGACACAUAGUUAAUUUUGAAGUUUGCAUAGACUUUUGUCUAUUUAUUAUUCUGGUAACUAAGUUUAAAAUUUUUUAUUAGUCUCCUGCUUCUUUCAGAUGCUAAUUUUUCUUUACACUGACAGGUGAAACCCCUCUUCACACUGCGUGUAUAUACAACAAAUAUGACCAACUGAAAAAACUCUUGGCAGUCCCAGGGAUUAUAAUCAAUGCUCAGGACAAUGCUGGGUGGACCCCGCUACAUGAAGCUUGUAUUCAUGGCCAUGUGAAUUGUGUAAAAGAACUCUUGAAUUGGCAGCCCAAAGAAUUACUAACCAGUUAUGUCUCCUCAGAAAAUUCUAGUCUAAUGAAGGUAAACAUUUUUGCAAAAAGUCAAGAUGGUAUAACUCCUCUUCACGAUGCUGUGUUAGCCAAUCAGCUAGAGAUUGCGAGGCUUCUUGUGGAUUAUGGAGGGGCACAACUCCUACAGUCUAAAACACACCAGGGCCUCACUCCUUUGGACUAUGCAACUUCGAAAGAGAUGGAACAGAUGUUAUUGGCAGCAGAAAACCAGAUGCCCGAGUUUCAGGAAAUCAACACCAUUAUGCAGCAUCACCGAUCAAGUAUGGUAAAGUUGUGUGUAUCAGAAUGUGUGAAAUAUGUUACACUGGUACAGAAUUUAAUAACUUCAUAUUACCAUUUGUAUAAAAUAGACCAGAUGGUAUUCCUUCUGCAAGAUACUGGUGCCAGCAACAAAUCCCAGGAACAUUUGGUACAGAGUGUGAUUACCCAGUGUAUGGGAUUUGAACCAUCUUUUGAAGACCUUUUGGUUCAAAGUGAUGACCUGAUUGUUGCACAACAACUAUGCAAAUAUUUAAAUAAGUUUGAAGAACAUCUGUGUUCUGUAGUAGAAGCUCAAGACAUGGUACUAGAAACUUUGCUUUGGCCAUUUAGACUUCUUCUACCUGUACAAAAAAAGUCUGGUGCGGCAUGAUACUAGGUGUAUCAAUCUGUUUCAUUUGAAUUUUGCCAUGACCCCCCUAAAAAAAACAACCCCUGGAUGUAGGUAUUGUGAUAAGUACAUUGUGACAUGGCUUUAGAUUCUCAGAAUGUUUUGAUUAACCACCAGAAGUGUCUUAAGCACUAUGAUCUUAAAGACUAUGUUGAUCCUGUUAGAAUGUGAAAAAAGACUGGGUAUCAAGUACCUUAAAUGUUUUAAUUAACAUCUGAAAGUGCCUUAAAAAGAUCUGUAAUUACUUACAGAAGCAAAAAAUAACACUACUAGUUAUGUGCUGAUCCAUUAUGUUUCUUUCAGUUUAAGUCCUGCAUACAAUUACUAAAAAUGUAACUUUGCUAUUAAAGUAAAUAUUACUAAAAAUAACAUAAAGAGGGUUAAAUAACACCUGGGACAAUAUAAAAUGAUCAUUGUUUCCAAAAAGGACUUGAUAUGAGGUGAUGCAAACAACAUCUUAUACGUAGGCAUGCUAUUAAAAAUCUUUGAAAGAAACAAAUACACUGCACCUUGCAUCAUCUAUAAUAAUUGUACGUCCAGGUCUGCAUUUGUUGCUAGUUAGCUUAAAUCAGUUCAUAAUAGUUUUUAUUUCCAGUAAUUUAGAUGCACAGGUAAAUGUAAAAAUUCUUGUAAUUCACACUUUCAUUAUUUCAUACUUUUUUAAUGAAAAAGUUGGAAAGUUUCAUGUACGGAUUACAAAUAGUGAUAUUUGAAGCAUAAUGUUCAUCUUGAAGAAAAUUAUCUAAAUUCUGAUACUUUAUUGGCAUACAUUGAAGUUGUAGAUUCUAAGAUGAAUCUUAUGUUUUCAUUUCAAAGAACUAAAUCUUUAAUAUCUUUACUGUAAUAAAAUCUGGAUGCAAAUGUAGAUAUAUUGAAUUAAUUUUAUUCCUACAAAUAAAUGCUGAUGAGAUGACUGUGUAUGUGUGUAAUUUUUAAAAAAAGAAACAGUAGUUGGAAAAUAUUUUUUUUUAUUUCUUAGUAAAGUUUUUAUUGUACACUUUGAUUUUAUUUUAUAAAUUGUCAAGAAUGGUAUAUUCAGCUCUUCCAACAUUCCAGCCUUGUAUUAUGAUGUAAUGUAUGUAUGUCAUUAGUGUAUAAGAUGUUACUAGCAGUAGUUGUCAUCAUUACAUCCAGAACUGAUUAAUGUACAUUACAGUAAAACAAAAUGCUGUGUUGUAAUAUAUGUGAUAACACUUUUUGUUUACUAACAUUAGUUCUGUAUGUUGAAUUAUAGCUUCUCGAGUUAUUUACUGUUAAGAGUUCAGUUGGAUUGCUUUCAUUGUAAACUGAAGUGUUAUUCAUAUGUUAUACCUUAUUUUAUAUUCAUAAUUUAAAUUUCUAAUUCAAAAUGUUACUUAACUUUAUUUUCAGUCAUGAAAUUACUGUUAUAAUUUUACAUUUUCUUAAUCUUGUUUAUGAUGUAUAUAUAUCAGCAUUAAUUUUCCAAGAUGAUACAUCAGAAAAGAAAAAAAAAAAAGACUUUGGAGCAUUAAUUAUCUUUUAGGUUGUGUAAACAUACUGUAAUGCGUGGAGUUUAUUUUUGAUUGAUUACUAUGAAGAUUCUAAGAACUUGUGUACAAAAUCUUACUAUAUAAACCAAAAAUAAUUUUUAAAAUAAUUUGUAAAUUAAUAAAGUAAAAACUGUGUAAAUAACUUACAAGAAAUGCUUAGUGUCAUAAGUAAACACAUCAGAAAACAUAAAACUUUGAUUAGAAUCCACUAAAUUGUUAGUAGGAUACCCUAACUAUUAACAAUGAUUACAGCUAUAAUCCCAGUAAUAUGUCAGAGUGUGAUAAGCUUAGGAGAUUUGUGCUAAUCUUAAAUCCACAUAUUGAACUGACAGUGUAAAAUUAAUUCCACAAGUUUCUAAAAUUAUAUUAAGUAUAACAAACAUAUUGUUGAUUCACUAGAUAAGCCUAUCAAAUAUUUUCAGUACUACAUAAGUUCAAAGCCUGAAAAGAAACCUUCCAUUGGUAAUCCAGUAUUAUCAGGGUAAUCAACUUUCUAUUAGUAAUUUAGUGCCAGUAUAAACAGUGGAACACUAUUGGUAACCUGAUCCCAGAGAUGAAACACUUUUUCCUUGGAUAACCUGGUGUCAAAGGAAAACUUCCACAGGUAACCCUAAUUCCAGGAUAAACAAUGAGAAACCAAUUUCAACUAGUAAUACAGCAUAAGGUGAAAACAUCUCAGUCCCAGGGUAUACUGUUGAAUUACCAGAUUUUUAUUAGUAAUGACUCCUAAGGAAGCCAUUAUCCAAUUGGUAAAUUGGUGGCAGGGUAAUAAAGACAAAACUGGGUGUUAUCUAUAACUUGGUGGAUAAUCAAUAGGUAAGCAUCAUCCACCACUAGUCUGAUACCAGUGUAAAAUGCCUUCUAUUGGUAAUCUAGCACAGCAUAAAUAAUUAAUCAUUUUUCUAUUAUCAGUAACACAGAUGGUGUGUAAAACCAUUAUUCCAAGGGUAACUAAUGGGAAACUACCUUCCAUUGAUAACCCAGUAACAGGAUAAUUUAUCCUGUGUUGGAAAGCCUAAUGCUAAGGUAGGAAAAAUGUCCAAAUGUUAUACAUCACUGUGGUUUCACCAUUUGGGUCUUUUGAACAGCUUUUCAGUCAAUGUUUUUAAAUGCUGAUUCACUGAUAUUCCAUUACUGCUGCUCAUUGUUUUCAUUUCUUGACAGCUAGAAUACUAUGAAAACAUGCUUCCUUGGAGUUUGAUGGUGUGUACUUUUUUUAUUCACUAUAUAUAUAUGUGUGUGUGUGUGUAUAAACACACACAGCACUAAUCAUUGUAAACUGAAUAGUAAGUGUUUUUUGUUUUUUUUAUAAUUCUCAAUUAAUAAAUCUGUGAAAAAAUUACUACAAAAUCUGCUUAACUGUUUAAAAAAGUAUACGUACAUUCCAGAUAUUUUUCUAGUUUUUUGUAAAUAAAAGGAAGUUAUAAAACAUUUAGGAAGAUUUAGAUUGACAAAAUUAAUAAACAAAACUUGUGUUAGAAGCCGUAGCACAUAUUUUAGAAUAAUAAUGGAGGGCAUUCUCUAUUAGGAUAACCUCUUAUGGUAAGUUACAUUAAAAAAACUUUAUUUAUUUUUUGAACACAAGCAAAAAAACAGGUGCUUAGUGAAGUGGAAAUAAUUUAUACGUAAUGUUGGAAAACUGUUCAUUAACAUAGAAGGUAUGUGUUGUCAUUAUUUCUUGAAGGUAUUAAGUGAAAUUCAGGUCAAUUUCAAAUCCAUAGGCUCAGGACUGUAUUGGAUAUAUGCUUUUAAUCUUUCUUUAUGGUUUUAAACCAAAGAAAUUGGGAAAAUUGUAAAAAUAUCACCUUUUCAUUAUGUUUGGAAAAAUAAAUGUUCAGA